UAUAACGGAAGAGUAAAUACUAACAAAUUUCCAUGAAUAAAAUUAUUUAUUUUGUUCUGUGAAUGUACUACAAUAUGUAUACAUAAAAAUGAUAUAUGUUACAAUAUUUGAAAUUCGCGAGGUAACUGUUUUGCAUCGAUUAUUUCUUCGAUACAGUUAUCAAAAUGGUUGAUAAAUUUGCGUUACGAGAUGAGACCGAUCUAAAACAGUUGAGAAACACUGAAGAUCGUGAUUGCGGUAGGAGGCCAACAUUGGCACACACUUGUCAGUCGUCGUGAAAGCGAUUGUUGGCGGGGUGGAUUGUUGUGAUGAUCUGUUUGGUUAAAUCUAUACAAUGUCCAUUCUUUUACGAAGUCUGGUCUUCGGAGUGCUUGUUAGCCUCGCGAACACCAGCAUGCCUCAUCCCUGGUACGAAUCCUUACCAGCGGUGGCCUUAGAUUACAAAGUUCAUAUCGAUGCUGGAAAAGAAGAUUGUUACUUUCAAUAUGUUAAUAAGGGCGCUACUUUCUAUGUAAAUUUUCAGGUGGUACGUGGCGGUGAUGGAAAAGCUGGUUUCGCUGUGAGAAAUCCUGAGGGAGUAAUUGUUCACCCGUAUCAAUGGCUUUCUAAUUCAGAUUAUCAAGAUACUGUGAUAAAUGCUGGUUAUUACAGUAUUUGUAUAGAUAAUCAAUUCUCUAGAUUCGCCUCAAAAUUAGUUAAUUUAUACAUCACCGUGAUCAGAUACGAUGAAUGGGAUAAAUAUUCGAGAGAACUUGAAGAAUUGAAUCUUUCCGUCGAGAACUUCACAUCUGCUAUAACCAAUGUGGAGAGAAACAUUAACGAAAUACUUCAAACUCAACAUUUGAGUAGAAGUAGAGAAGCCAGAGAUUUAAAUUUAUUAUUGGACAACAAUUCUUACGUUCAAACAUGGUCUAUUGCGCAGAUAGUUGUCAUAUUGGUAACGACAACGAUACAGGUAUAUUUUGUAAGAAAGUUGUUUGAGGUGAAGCCAUCUAAAUAUGGAAGGGCAGGUAUAUAAUAAAUGCAUUGAAGUCGAAAUGUUCCAAAAAUCUGUGUUUUUCGCGAUAAAGAAUGUCAGAUUUAUUGGACUUCGAAGUUAUAGCUCUUUUUUGGAGAGUUACCCGUUAUUCUUUGGUUAAAGAUAUUCGCUGUAUUCUCAAUACCAGG